AUGGUGACUCACGCGCUGGCGACCAGGCUCCGCAUCGUCCUGGUCGACUACCCCGAUGCUGACAACUUCACGUGGCACAUGAGGCUGCCUCUCCACCACGGCGGGGGCACGCAGUGGGCGGCGUGCACGCCGGACCAUCACCUGCAGCUGCUCGACCUGAGCCGCCGCCGCAUCAUGCACCUCCGUGAGAAGAUGUACGCCGAGACGGUGGGUUUCGUGCUGCCUGGCCCGGCGCGGCCGGCAGGCGUUUGGCGCGUCAGCGACGCCGCCCACGAGAUGUUCGGGGAGGUCGUCCCCGACGAGGCGCUGGACGAUGAGGAGAGCGUCGUCAUUCGGGGCGACGCCGGGCUCGCCUCCCUCGACGAGCGUUGGGUCAGCAUCGAGCGCGUCGCCGACAACGACCUGGCGUCCUGGAAGGACAAGAAGGGCAGCGGGCCGGGCCGAGACCAGCGGGCGCUGGGUGUGGCCCGGGACCCGCGCGGGAAGAGGUUCCUGCGGGGCCCCUCGGUGGUGCUGCCGUUCUUUGAGGCGCUCGCGGUCGCGGGCCUCGCCCUCGUCGCCCACCGCAUGAACUGGCGGCAGAAGAGCGGGGUCGGCGAGAAGAGGGCGGUGUGCAGGGAGCACUUCCUGCUCUGUGACCAGCUGCGCGUCGAGGUCACCAUCGACCCGCUCGACCUGGCGCAGCUCGUCGGGUCGGAGUUCCAUGUUCGGCGGCUGCUCCAGAUCGAGCAGGCCGUGGAGCGCAACCCGAGGCAGCUCGACUUCGAAGGGCUCGAGAUCAUGCUGUCGUCGGCCCUCGCGCGUGCAGCAGGCGCUGCGACGGAGAAGUUCAACGAGUGGCUCACCGCGCGCCAGCGCGACCAGGCCCAGACGACGAAGCAGGGCCGGCCCUUGCGGGAGGAGAGGGCCGCCGCAGCCAGGAAGAGCUCCGCCGCGCCGCGAGGGGCGGCGGACGCCCAGUCAUUCGGGGAGGCGGCCACCUCGCUGAACACCCUCGCCUUGAACUCGGUCGGGGUGGUGCUCCUCCCCAAGCCCAGGCCAGAUCCUGUGAGGCCGCUGACCGCCUCGCAACAUUCGGUCGCCCAACGUGCGGGCCGGAGAGUGGCGUCCUUUCCGAGCCCUGUCGAAAAGAUGUCAGAUGACGAAGCCUUGCUUGCGCUUCUCAAGACAAAGGGCCUGCAUGAGAUCGAGCAGCGCCUCCGCGCCCCGUUUGACUUCGACGAGGUCGAGAUCCCCCACCGGGACAUCAAGCCGAAGCCGCUCUUGGGCAGGCUCUUGGGGGGGGGCGCGGAGCUCUACCGGGAUGCGAACUCCACCAACGAGCGCUCGUUCGCCGAGGUUCAGGCUGAGAUUGACAGCGGGGGGCUCCAGACUGUCCGGCGGCAUUGGGACAAGAAGCUGCGCUGCCAUCGGGGUGCGCGGCUGAAGUUCCUCAAGCGGCUCGCGGACAUUGGCCCGGGGACUCUACGACGCCGCAUUUGUGGCAAAGUUGUUUUCUUCACCGCGGGGGGGGGGGGCGGCGUGCAGGGGCUCGUGCGCGAUGCCCGCGUGCCGAAUCAGUUCCACCGGAGGGCGCCGAAGGUCCACUUGGGGACGCCGGCCGCGCUCGCCUCGAUCGACCUGUCGGAGGAGGCUCGUGGGCGCGCGCCGGGCUCGGGCGCCUCUGCCGACGACGCGGACCUUCCGCGCGUCGCGACGGUGGACCUCACCGACUCUUUCUACCAGUUCACCGUGGAGGAGGUCCGGGAGUGGUUCGGCGUUGACUACCCCGAGGACGCGGCCACGUGGGGGGCGGAGACCGUCUUCGACCCCGCCUCGGGCGUCCACGAGGCGGUCGCGCCUGAGGGCAAGCUCUUCUUCUGCUUCAAGGGCCCCCCCCAUGGGUGGUGGAUGGCACUCCGGCCGCGGCCGUCCUACGUGGACAACGCGCCCAUCAUCAGGGCCGCGCGGAGGGGCGCGGAGCUUGGCCUCGCCGCGGUGGUCAAGGCCCUCUCGAAGUCCGUCGGCCUCGAGCUCCGCCUUGGGCGUGAGGGCGUGGCGCGGCACGCGCGCAAAAGGGCUUGGCGGCUAUGCCGGGCCCGACGCGCUUUCUCCGCGCGCCGCGGGUGCACGGGUCGCGCGAUGGAGCGGAUCGUCGGCCACCUCCUGAACUACUUUGGGCUGUGGCCGGAGGGCAUGAGCGCCGCGGGCCGGGUCUGCCGCUUCCUCGAGAUGCACGCGGACCAGAACUACGGCCUCUUUGACCAGGACCUCCUCAGCGAGCUCGAGAUUUUGCGGGGGCUGAUCUUCGUCGCCGGGGAGGUCUGGCACGCGCCGGUCGCCUUCCUGGGCGACUCCAGCACCAAGGGCUACGCGCUGUCCUACACGGAGGUGACGCGCGCCGAGGUGGUCGAGGCCACCAAGGCGCGGGAGCGCUGGCGCUUCGCAGAGGCCCCCGGCCCCCCAGGCGACGGCGCCGGGCGCGAUGCCGACCCGGGCUGGGCUGCAACCUCGGACAGCCACUGGGGGGCGGGCCUGCUC